AUGGGGGCCACUGGCGAUGUCGAGCAGCCGCGGGGACCCGGCGGGGCUGAGCGGGGCGGCCCCGAGCCGGGAGAUGCGGGCGCAGCGGGGCAGCUGGUUCCCAAGGUGAGGGCGCCCCCGGGGAGGCCACAGCCGGGCCGGCGCUCGGGCCGGGCAGGGCCUCGGGUUCCCCGGACGCUGGUCCGCGGACUAAACAACGCGGGGGCUGGUGCCGCCGAGGAGUUUUCGCUGUCCAACGACCUGGAUUCAAAUUCUGGUGCCGCCCUCCUAGCUAGGAGAGGAUAUGUUUGGGAUGUGGCCCCCAACUGUGUCUCUCUUGAAUGCAGUUUCACAGACCCUUCCAUCUCCAUGGACCUCCUCCGAGCUGUCUUGCAGCCUAGCAUCAAUGAGGAGAUCCAGACUGUCCUCAACAAGUACAUGAAGUUCUUCCAGAAGGCAGCACUGAACGUGCAAGAAAAUGUCGGGGAAGAGGUGGAUGCAGAGCAGCUGAUCCAGGAGGCGUGUCGGAGCUGCCUAGAACAGGCUAAACUAUUGUUUCCUGAUGGAGAAAAAGUAAUGCCCAGAUCGAUCCAUGAGCUUCCAGGAAUAAAGCGUGCCAAGCAGGCAGAAGAGGAAUGUGCCCAUCGUGGAAGCCCCAUUCCCAGAAAGAGGAAGGGACGGCCUCCUGGACACAUGAUCUCAAAUGACCGGGCAGCUGCCGGCAUGGUAUGGAAACCAAAAUCCUGUGAACCAAUUCGCAGAGAAGGCCCCAAGUGGGACCCAGCUCGGCUGAAUGAAUCUACCACCUUUGUGUUGGGAUCUCGAGCCAACAAGGCCCUGGGGAUGGGGGGCACCAGAGGGAGAAUCUACAUCAAGCACCCAUACCUCUUUAAGUACGCAGCUGACCCCCAGGACAAGCACUGGCUGGCUGAGCAGCAUCACAUGCGGGCAACAGGGGGGAAGAUGGCCUACCUCCUCAUUGAGGAGGACAUCCGGGACCUCGCUGCCAGCGAUGACUACAGAGGAUGCCUGGACCUGAAGUUAGAGGAGCUGAAGUCCUUUGUCCUACCCUCCUGGAUAGUUGAGAAGAUGAAAAAGUACAUGGAGACACUACGGACAGAGAAUGAGCAUCGCACUGCUGGAGCAUCUUCACAAACCUGAAGCCCACUCCCCUGGGACACUUGGCAGCUCCCCUCCAUGGCCCUCAUAACCCACAUGGGUGAGGCCACUGCUGGGACUGCUCCUAGAUGAUCUCAGCAGCAUUAAGCUGUGCCUGGGCUAGUUUGUACUCACUGCAGAGCACCCCCAGACUGGCAUGUAGUUAGACCUUUGUAAAGUUAUUGGGGUAAGAUAGCUUGUAAAUAGUUUGUAAUAAACACAGACGGUGAGCCUGC